AUGGAUGAACUCAACAAUGAUACCACUGAGGCUAACUGGAGCUUCAAGCAUGGAGCCAGCGUGUACGUAGUCAACUUAGUCCUUGGAAUAACCUUCAACAUUGUAUUUCUGAUCGUCAUCCAUAGACAGAGAAACCUCCAGGACGUUAUGAAGCUGUUAUAUCGAAUGCUAGCAAUCGCGUGCCUCAUCAAUGGAAUCUCAUGGAAUUGCUGGUCUUUGCUUUGGUUUGCGGUGAAAGGUCGGCAUCUAUGUUCUCUUAUUACGCUAAUAUUUAUGUUUCCAACUCGUCUGACAUUUGUUUUGAUAAUGGCCUGUCUCUGCGGCAUCAACGUCAACAAGUACUUUCUGAUCACUCGACCAUUGCGUUAUCACGCCAUAGUUACCCCCAGAAGAGUCAAAGUUACUUUCGCUAGUUCUCUUAUUGCUGUGUUGGUUUUCAGUGGGUGCAACUUUCCAGUUCCGGCUUCCCCUGUUACUCAACAGGAUAUUGAGGAUUGUGUGAUAAAAAGUAUCGUACUGAAAUACAGAUUAGGCAAACUUCUUAGCGUCAUCGGUUACAUCGUACCUAUCAACAUCUCAUUCUUCCUAUUGUUAGGCAUCUAUAUCAAUCUAGUGAGGAUCCUUCGAAGACAAAGAAAGGCCGUUGAUAACUUGGAAAUGCAUGCUGCUCCAGGGGAUCCAUUUGAUGGCUCGAAUCUGCAAGGCCAUUGGAAACAGCCAGGCCUAAGGGGACGGUUCAAAGGCAUCUUCACCGUUGCUCUUUUGUCCAUUUCCUUCCUCGCAGUAUGGGCACCAUUAUGUGUGGCAUAUUUGUUUCCGAGAGCUUCUACGGGUAACUGGCUAAAUGUCAUGGAUAAAAUGGCUACUACAGUUUGCUGGGUCCAACCCCUAGUAUACCUAACGACUACUAAGGAGGCCAAGAAGCAUUGUAUUGACCUCAUACGACACUGUGUUCAUUUUAACUGGGCUUAA